AAAUAUCACGACACUCGCGAAAUAAAAAAAGAAAAAAAAUAUAUUUUCAAUGUGGCGGUAGCAUGUACGCGAUUGGACCACCAAGUUUAUAAUCAAAUCAAACAUUUAACCUAUUUUAAUUGGAUAUUAUAUAGUGACAUGUGAUUAUUAUUUUGUGAAAUAUAAUAACUAUUAAUAGUUGAAUUCAAUAUCAUAGAAAAUUAUAGUAAAUAUAAUAAUUUUAAUGCUAUUGAGAUAGUACGUUUUCGACAGCGUGUUUGCAAUGGCCGAUGACACUACCUCGCUUCCCCGAAGGCGUCAAUUGAGAGAAAGAACUAAAAAACUUUAUACAGAUGAUUGGACACUCGGUGAUGAAGAGAUUGAGGGAAAAAGAACUUUUCAACUUGAUGAAAAAAUUGAAUGUGAAAGAUAUGAUCUUAAAAAAUUUACAGGUCUUUUUAAAGUUAUGAAUGGAUCAGAUUUAAAUAUUGAAUAUCUUCAACGUAAUGGAUUAAGUAUUCCAUUAUUAUUUCGUGAUAAAGCUGGUCUUGGUUUACGUGUACCAAGUCAAAAUUUUUCAGUAAAUGAUGUUAGAACAUGUGUUGGAUCAAAAAGAAUUCUUGAUGUUAUGGAUGUAAAUACACAAAAAAAUGAAGAUAUGAUGAUGAAAGAUUGGCAAAGAUAUUAUGAGGAUCAAAAUAAAGCAAGAUUAUUAAAUGUAAUAUCACUUGAAUUUAGUCAUACAAAGCUAGAAAAUUAUGUACAAUCACCAUCAAUUGUUAGAAAAGUUGAUUGGGUUGAUGUUGUAUGGCCUCGACAUUUAAAAGAAGCACAAACAGAAUCAACAAAUUUACUUGAAGAUAUGAUGUAUCCAAAAGUACAAAAAUAUUGUUUAAUGUCAGUUAAAGGUUGUUAUACUGAUUUUCAUGUUGAUUUUGGUGGUACAAGUGUUUGGUAUCAUAUAUUAAAAGGUGGUAAAAUUUUUUGGUUAAUACCACCAACUGAAAAAAAUUUAUCACUAUAUCAAGAAUGGGUGUUAAGUGGUAAACAAUCAGAUGUAUUUUUUGGUGAUAUGGUUGAUAGAUGUGGUAGAAUAUCAUUGACUGCUGGUAUGACAUUAUUUAUACCAACUGGUUGGAUACAUGCUGUAUAUACACCAAAAGAUUCACUUGUAUUUGGUGGUAAUUUUUUACAUAGUUUUGGAAUUGAAAAACAACUUAAAGUUGCACAAGUUGAAGAAAAUACAAAAGUACCACAAAAAUUUAGAUAUCCAUUUUUUACUGAAAUGUUAUGGUAUGUAUUGGAACAAUAUGUUUAUGUUCUACUUGGUAAUAGUCAUUUAGAUGUUUCAGAAACAAAAAGAAAUCAAAUGUCACCAACACUUAAAAAUUUACAUCAUCAUUUAACACCAUAUGAAUUACAUGGUUUAAAAUCAAUUGUUAUGUAUCUUCAUUCUUUACCAUCAACUAAAAAAAAUGUUCCUGAUUUAAUACGUGAUCCAGUUGCAUUAGUACACGAUGUUAGAUGUCUUGUUGAACAACAUCGUUAUGAUAGUCCAGAAGCAGCAAUAACUGGUUAUGCAAUAUUACCAGUACCAAAAAUAAUUGUUAAAGAUGAAGAUGGUAAUAGUAAUAGUAAUAAUAAUGCUAAUUCUAAUUCAAAUGGUAAUAGUAAUAGUGGUAAUAAUGGUGAAUCAUUUAAAAUUAAAAGAUCAUAUACUAAAAGAUUUUCAAAUGACAUUAAAAUUGAAACAAAAUCACCAAUGCAAAGACGUAGACGUACAAGAUGUAAAAAAUGUGAAGCAUGUACAAGAGCUGAUUGUGGUGAAUGUACAUAUUGUCAAGAUAUGGUUAAAUUUGGUGGUACUGGUAGAGCUAAACAAACUUGUAUGAUGAGACAAUGUAUGAGACCAAUGUUACCAGUAACAGCAGCAUGUAAAAUAUGUCAUAUGGAUGGUUGGGGACAACAUCCAGCACCUCUUAUGGGUCGUCCAAUACCAACAACACAAUCAACAUUAAUGGAAUGUACAAUAUGUUAUGAUAUUGUUCAUCCAACAUGUGUUGAUGUUGAUAGUAAACCAUUAAUAUCAUCUGAUGAUAUUCCAAAUAGUUGGGAAUGUCCAACAUGUUAUGAUUGUCGACUAAGUGUUGAUGUUAAACCACGUUUUAUUAAAUCACGAACUCGUAAAAUAUCAGUAUCAAGUGCAGCAUCAUCAGCACCUGAUUCAGAGACAACAAUAACACCCAAUAAACGACCAAAAUCAGAUACAUCUGUGACAUGGAACGAUAAUGAAUCACCAGAAGCUGAUAAAAAAUCAACAUUAAGAACUCAAUUAGCAGCCCAAUUAAUAAGUACAACAAGUAAAUCAUUGAAAAAACCAGUUGUUGUUGUUCGUCCAGUAUCGUCAUCUUCAUCAUCAUCGUCAUCAUCAUCAUCAUCAUCACCACCACCAGCACCACCAAUAAUACUACCACGACUAUUACCACGACCAUCAUCACAACCAGUACCACCACAAGCACCACCACCAGCAUCAUCAAUACAACAUUCUUCAGAAAUGAAUGGUCAAUUAUUGACAUAUACAAAUCAAAAAACAGUGCUAUUAUCAAUAUUUAAAUAUUUACGUCCAUGUGAUCUUGCUGUUGCUGCAUUAGUAUGUCGUGCAUGGGCAACAGUAAGUAUUGAUCCAAGUCUUUGGCGUCGUAUGAAUUUAUCACAAAUACAUUUAACAGCACCACAUUUAACUGGUAUUGUACGUCGUCAACCAGAAAAUCUUUGUCUUGAUUGGUCAAAUAUUGCUAAACGUCAAUUAGCAUGGUUGCUUGGUAGAUUACCACAAUUACGUAGUUUAUCAUUAACAGGUUGUUCAUGGAUUGGUGUAUGUGCAUUACGUACAUGUACAUGUCCACCAUUAAUUAAUUUAGAUCUUAGUCAUGUUUCUGGUUUAAAUGAUUAUGGUUUAAGAGAAAUAUUAAGUCCACCAGUUGAUUCAAGACCUGGUUUAAUUGAUAAAUCAUCACGUUUAAAACAAUUAAAAAAUUUAACACUUGCUGGUUGUGAUAUAACUGAUGUUGCAUUGAGAUAUAUUUCACAACAUUUACCUUACUUAGAAAUACUUGAUUUAUCAAGUUGUGGAAGAGUUACUGAUGCUGGUGUUGCACAAUUAUCAACACCACCAGUACAAACAACAAAUAAUCUUGUUUCACUUAAUUUAUCAAAUUGUAGAUUAUUGACUGAAACAAGUCUUGAUCAUUUGACACGUUGUAAAGCACUCAAAAGACUUGAUCUUCGACACACAACUCAAGUCUCAACUCAGGCUGUUAUUAAAUUUGCAGCAAGAAGUAUUCAUAACUUGCAUGUUACUGAUGUUAAACUUGUUGAAGAAAAAAAAUUCAAAAAAAAAUGAGGUAAAUUUAAUGCAAUGAAAAUUAACUUUAAUUUAAAAUGAAAAUAAAAAAAAAAAAAAAGAUUUAUCAGUUUAUCCAAUUGAAUAUGAUAAUGUAAUUAUCAAAAAGUUCUUUUUUUUUUUUUAUUAAUUUUUUGAGUAAUUAAUAAAUUUUGUAUAGUGAUUAUAAUUGUGAUUAUUUUUCCUUUUUUUUUAUAUAAAUACAACUCUGUACAUGUUAAUGAUUUCACGACACAACAUCUGUUGUGAACAUUAGAUAAUAGUAUCUGGGGAUUUGAAAUAUUUCGUUAAUGUG